UCCCUACCACCACCCUCCGUCAGAAACAUUUCCCUCUCUCCGUCCCUCUUCUCUGAAACUGAAAUAUCAAGCUAUUAAUGGAGUUGGUGAAGCUUUUUGGUUGUUGAGUUGGGUUUAUGAGUGUGAGUCUGUUAGGGUUUUAGAGUGUUUCAAGAAUUGAAUUUGGGAAUGGCGGUAGAGUAUACUUGUUGUGAGGCAGGGUUUUUCCUUCACAUUCUGAUAAUAACAGUUUUAGUUUUGUUUGCUGGAAUGAUGUCUGGACUUACUCUUGGUUUAAUGUCGAUGAGUUUGGUUGAUCUUGAAGUUCUUGCAAAGUCCGGUACACCAAUUGAUCGGAAGCAUGCCGCGAAGAUAUUACCAGUGGUCAAAAGACAGCAUUUGCUGUUAUGCACCCUACUGAUUUGCAAUGCUGCUGCCAUGGAGGCGCUGCCCAUUUUCCUUGAUAGUCUCAUUACGGCUUGGGGAGCUAUACUGAUUUCAGUGACCUUGAUACUUUUGUUCGGAGAGAUUAUACCCCAAUCUAUCUGUUCUCGACAUGGUUUGGCAAUUGGAGCUGCUGUGGCUCCAGUUGUCCGAGUACUAGUUUGGAUCUGCUUUCCGGUUGCAUAUCCAAUUAGCAAGCUGUUGGACUUUCUACUGGGGGAUCGACAUGUCGCUCUUUUUCGUAGAGCUGAGUUGAAAACACUAGUGGGCUUCCAUGGUAACGAGGCGGGAAAGGGUGGGGAGCUGACCCACGACGAAACAACGAUCAUUGCAGGAGCACUAGAGCUCACAGAGAAAACAGCCAGUGACGCCAUGACUCCUAUUUCCGAAGCAUUUGUUAUUGAUAUUAAUGCAAAGCUUGAUAGGAAUCUGAUGAAGCUAAUACUGGACAAAGGUCACAGCAGACUACCUGUCUAUUAUGAACAGCCUACAAACAUAAUCGGACUUGUUUUGGUAAAGAAUUUACUAACCAUCCAUCCCGGGGAUGAGGUACCUGUUAAGAAUGUCACAAUUCGCAAGAUUCCAAGGGUACCGGAGAAUAUGCCUUUGUAUGAUAUCUUAAAUGAGUUUCAGAAAGGGCAUAGCCACAUGGCUGUCGUCAUAAGGCACCACAACAAAUCGACGACACCAGAAAGCAAGAUUCUGGCUGAUGCUUAUAAAGACUCAGUGAGGGUGGACAUUGAUGGGGAGCAGACGCAACAGGAGAAAACUUUGAAGAAACAGGUAUCGUUGCAAAGGUGGAAAAGCUUUCCCUAUAAUGGCAAAGACAAAGACAAUUCAAACAAGGGAACACUGAGGACUAUGAGGAGCAAGAAGUUCGCGAGAGAUAUCGAUGCGGAUGUAUUGCAGAUUGAUGACAACCCACUUCCCAAACUCAGUGAGGAAGAGGAGGCUGUUGGCAUUAUAACCAUGGAAGAUCUCAUUGAAGAGCUACUCCAGGAGGAGAUAUUCGACGAGACGGAUCAUCAUGACGAGAAUUCGUAACACGUAUGCAUUCGAUAGCUGUAAGUAAGAUGGUUUCCGUAACAAAACACUAGAACAUUGAUCCCUGAUGUAUUAUUAAGAAUCAUAAAUGCAGAGAAUCAUAGUUUUGUUGUAGUAGUUGUGCCUAAAUACUUCCGGACACAUAGAAAAAGAUACUUCUAAUCUUCAAUAGAGUUUCCAAAUUACCCUUUA